GGUUAGAAUGGCUUGAUUGAUUGUGUUGAUAGCUUGGAUAGCUGUACCAUAUCUAUGCUCUCCUUUGGGGUUAUUCCACACUUAGGUGCUUCGGUCCUCGGUCUUCUCCGGCAGCUUGACGCUCACGAUGCUGCUAUCGCAUGUUAGCCGAAUGAAAAAUAUCCAUUGAAGAAUGAUCCUUCAGGUAAGCAAUCUUACAAGGCAGACUCGGGUGUUUACAGAGUACAGAGUACUACUAUAAAUACGAGGUAGGCUGUGAACGGGAUCCUCACAAGUCAAGAUCUGCAACGUCAUCGCGUCUCUUCAACUCCUAAUCUUACACCUCGACAACAACACCCACACAACCCGAGAUGUGCGUUUCUGUUCUUGAAAGCUGAUACUAUCAAGAUAACCAUAUAUAAAACUAGCAGCUUAUCUCUUCUAUACUAUGGCUUUCAGCCAACACAAGGUCACACCGUAUCUGGUAUACCUGGUAUUUAUCACCACACUCGGGCCGCUGCAAUUCGGAUAUCACCUGGCCGAACUUAACGCCCCGCAAUCCGUGAUAACAUGCGAACGACAAAGCAUCCACUCCUCCGUCGCAAACCUUUCGCCGCAAUGCAUUCACAUGAAUCCCUCACAAUUCGGCCUCGUAUCCUCCAUUUACACACUCGGUGGUCUCCUGGGCGCUCUGCUGGGCGGCCCUGUCGCGACCAGAUAUGGACGACUAUUUGUCCUACGAACAACAACCAUCUUCUUUAUCCUGGGUCCCCUCGCAAUGACAAUGGCAGGUAGCAUCGCCGUGAUAAGCGUUGGUAGAGUGAUAGCUGGCGUCGGGGCGGGGGCUGCUAUUGUGGUUGGGCCAAUCUACAUAUCAGAGAUUGCGCCUCACAAUGCUCGGGGAUUCUUUGGUGCCUUUACCCAGAUUAUGGCCAACGUUGGUAUCCUCUUGACUCAAACAUUGGGAUUAUUCAUGAGCAGAGGGAGCAGGUGGAGGACAAUACUCUUUAUUGCUGGUGUCAUCGGAUUCGCGGAGUUCUUGGGUCUCUUCUUCGUGCCGGAAAGUCCGAUUUGGCUGGCAGAACACCAGAAGACGACGCAGGCGCGACAAGUACUUCAGCGCAUUCGAGGGAAGAAUGCGGAUAUCGAUGGUGAAAUUGAAGGGUGGAAUGUCUCCACGGAUCCUGUCGACCCGUCCGACGAAGAGGAGUCUCUGCUCGAGCACCAGUUGGGAGACGCAUCUUCCAAGCAACCCCCAGUUACCAUUCUGCGUGCUAUUAUGGACCCUGAACACCGUCAAGCGAUUAUCGCUGUGAUCGGAGUGAUGGUCGCCCAGCAGUUCACUGGUAUUAACAGUAUCGUGAUGUACAGUGUUUCGCUGUUGCAGACCAUUCUCCCAACUACGGCCGCAUUACUAACUGUGAUGAUCUCCGCCAUCAACCUCGUCAUCACGCUGGCUUGCUCACCACUGCCAGACAAGAUUGGUCGACGCAAGUGCCUUCUCCUCAGUAUCACUGGUGUAGGUAUCGAUUCCGUCCUAUUGGCCUUAGGAAUCUACUUCAACCAGAAGGCUUUGUCAUCCAUCGCGGCGCUGCUGUUCGUUGCUUUCUUUGCCUUAGGCCUUGGUCCGGUCCCCUUCAUUCUGUCAUCUGAACUGGUUGGGCCAGAAGCUGUUGGGGCGACGCAGAGCUUGGCACUUGGGGCUAACUGGAUUGCGACUUUUGUGGUCGCUCAAUUCUUCCCGGUCGUUAAUGAUGCGUUGGGUGGUCGAGGAAAGGUAUACUGGAUCUUUGCCGUUUUGGCCGCUGUUAUGGGCUCGUUCAUCUAUAAGUUUGUUCCGGAAACCAAGGACAAGGCUAAUGCUGAUGAGGUCUGGGGUCGGGAGAACCGGAGACGGGAUUAGUUCUGGAAUUCAUGGUCUUAUUCGACCAGAUGAUUACUACUAUGCCAAAUGGACUGCAUAAACAUAUACAUCAUUGACAGCAUGCCCAUUAGACUCAAUUCGCGCUAUUGACAGCCUGGCAAAAAGACAACCAAGAAUGGCACUAUACAGGCAAGCUUGUCAAUCAAUCUCCGGUAUUGUCCAGAAGGUACCUUAGUCUGGCGACAAAUAGGAGAACUGAGCCGGGCGAGUUGAAAAGAAUCCCAUUUCAAGCAGAUGGGAAUACUCGGAACGAGAUUUGAGUCAGGAAGUUUUUCACCUUUUGGAUUUCACACCGAUACUGGUUAUUCUUAACACCUUCCAACUAUUGCAAAUAUCAAGCAGUUCAUAGUGAAUCAAUCAUUCUACACCACAACACU